CGAAACAAAUCCCAGGAAGAGAGAGAGGGAGAGAGGAAAAAGACCCAAAUCCCCAAAUCUGCCAACACAAGCUGCAGAGCAUAUAAAUAGCUGGAAUUCUCAGGAAAAAAAGAAAAGAAAAGAAAAAUUACGCAGGAUUUGAGGAAGAAAGAGAAGAUUCCAGCUGUUUCAUUUAUAAAAAUAUCAGAAAAGAUCGUUUCUCUCGCCGUUGUUGUUCUCAUGGUUCAUCAGCACCUCUUUAAACCCACCCGUCUCGAUUUCCAGGAAAUUUCGUGAGUAACAGUGGAAUCCGAUGAAAGGAGUUGAUGCGAGCUUUCUUAUCCUUUUGGGACCUUUUCAUGAUCUGGGUCUUUUGUAAUUCUAUGGGAAAAGUCAGGUUUCCUUUGUGUUUUUUCUCUUUUGAUUGAUGGGCUUGUUCUUGUUUUUGUUUUUUUGGUUUUGGUGUUCUGAUUCUGGAGGUUCAGAUGGUGUUUCUUGAAGGAUGGAGUCAGUGUAGGCUUGCUGGAAAGCUCUAGAGAGGGAAAAAAAAAAAAAACACGGAGGAAUUCAUGGGAGAAGGUUGGAGAAUACAUUGGAGUAGUUUGCCUGAUCUGGAUUUCUUUUUUGGUGUCUAAAAAAUUGCGGUUCUUCAGAAUAGAUUCGCAGACCCUUUUUUUUUUUUUUUUUUUCCAAAAAACAUUUCUGCAUUUUCUUGAUCUGGGUAUCUGGUUUUAGAAAAGAUGGGUCUUUGUCUGCAAUCGGUUGACGAGGUUGUUGAAGAGAUAAUGAGAAUUCACAGAUCUCUACCUGCUCGGCCGGUGCUUGAGGACGUCGAAGCUGCAAAGGUGUUGAUCCGGAAUGUUGAGAAAGAAGAGCUGUCUAGAAUUGAUGCGAUAUCGAAGCAGAAAAAGGGUGUCUAUGUCCCAGAGGAGCUGUUCUUUGUGCUGCAAGAAAUGCAGAAGAAUCUGGUCUAUUUCCAGAGCACAGAUCAGAAGAGGGAAGCUCUGAAACUGCUCAAUCUCGAGAACAUCCAUGCCCUGUUUGACGAAUUCGUUCAGAGAGCAUCGAGAUGCCUCUCUUCUUCAGAGAAUUAUAGUCAGGGAGACUAUUCAAAUGGCUCAGUUUCAACAGUUUCAGGGAGUUUUUCUACUAGCACUGCUGGCACUUCAAGUACUCUUUUUGAUUCUGUUACUACCUCAUCUGUAUUUUAUUCUGAGAAAGAGAUUGGAAAGAGUUCUGAGUUGUUUACUAGAGAUGACAGCUACUUGAAGAAACCAAAGUCGACAAUGUAUGCGGACGGAAUUGGCGUUGGCCCAGAUUCGUCACGAGGGGUGUUGAUGAAUUCUUCCAUCAAAUUGACAAUUGCUUCUGGAGAAGAUGGUGAUAAAUUGAGUCCUUUAAAACUGGCGAGUUUGAUUGAAGUCUCCGUGAAGAAAGGUACCCGAGAUCUUGAUCUGCAUAAUAAGUUGAUGGAGCAAAUUGAUUGGCUACCCGACUCGAUAGGGAAGCUGUCCUGUCUGAUUAAUCUCGAUUUGUCCGAGAACCGGAUCAUUGCCCUCCCUGCAACGAUCGGGGGCCUUUCGUCCUUAACAAAACUAGACCUACAUUCAAACCGGCUAUCCGAACUUCCGAAUUCCAUUGGGGAUCUUUUCAGCUUGGUCUAUCUAGACUUGAGGGGCAACCAGCUAACAUCAUUACCUGCUACAAUCGGCAAAUUGGUGCGCCUUGAGGACCUUGAUCUUAGUUCGAACCAGCUGUCCUCGAUUUCGGAAACGAUUGGGACUCUUAUCAGCCUGAAGAGGUUAAAUGUCGAAACAAAUGAUAUCGAGGAGCUCCCACAUACUAUCGGCCAAUGUUCUUCACUUGUUGAGCUCAGAGCGGAUUACAAUCGCUUGAAAGCCUUGCCGGAGGCUAUUGGCAGGAUCCAAUCUUUGGAGAUCCUUUCCGUACGCUACAACAACAUUAAAGGACUGCCCACUACGAUGGCAUCAAUGUCGAGCUUGAAGGAACUUGAUGUCAGCUUCAAUGAGCUUGAGUCAGUGCCAGAGAGCUUGUGUUUUGCCACCUCACUUGUGAAGAUGAACCUAGGAAAUAACUUUUCUGAUCUACGGUUGCUACCACGGUCCAUUGGAAACCUUGACAUGCUUGAAGAGUUGGAUAUCAGCAAUAAUCAGAUAAGGGUCCUACCAGACUCUUUUGGGAUGCUGUCAAAGCUGCGGGUGCUUCGUGCUGAGGAAAACCCUUUGGAGGUGCCACCGAGGCAUGUAGCUGAAAUUGGUGCAGAGGCUGUCGUUCGCUACAUGGCAGAGCUCAUUGCAAAGAGAGAGGCCAAGACACAACCAACCAAGGCGAAGGAGACGUGGGCCCAGUUUUGCUUCUUCUCCAGGCCCAACAAAAGGAAGCACGAUGGCGUGGACUAUGUAAAAACCUGAUUUUUAAGGUUUGGACGAGAGACUUAACACGUCCUGCCUGGGUUGGGGGAACCCAUCUGUUGGUAGAACCCGAACGACCCACCAGAUCUCAGUAUACGAUGGAGUUGGAAGAUAUGGCUCAGAUCACCACAUCCAUAUUGGUGCCUGUAAAAUCCUCCUUCCAUGUUAUAAUCUGUUGCUUUACUUGUAUCUCUAAUGUUCUUUGGCUAGAAUGAGAUGUACAAUUGACUUCAAGCGGCAAAAAGAGUAUGUGCUCUAAACCUGGCUUUGCUAAAUGAAAUAUGAGGUUAUCGUUGCCAGCCA